CUUGCCAUACCGCGCAGCAGCAGGUACCGAUCGCGAGAGCGAGUUCAGCUGUCCGGAGUUAUCAGCGAUGUCGGUUUUCUACGAUCUUGUUUCCGCGGAGGAGCUGGAAGAUGCAGCCGGGAUAGAAGCUCGCGCAUACCCGGCAGACGAGGCCGGCAGCUUGGAGACCUUCAGAUAUCGACAGGCGCACGCCCCCGAGCUGUUCCUCGGGGCCUUCCUCCCCGGGCCCGAUGGCACAGGACGCACCCUAAUCGGCUACGUCUGCGCGACAUGCUCCCCAGACAGUGAGCUCACACCCGAGUCCAUGGAGACGCACGUCCCGGGAUCGCCGUCCAUCUGCAUCCACUCCGUCUGCGUGGAACCGGCCCACCGCCGCAAGCGCGUCGGCCUCGACCUCCUCAAGGAGUUCGUGGCGCAGGCGGAGCUCGCUGCGGCCGAGGGCGCGGGGUACGAGCGUAUCUUGCUGAUCACGCACGACGAGCUGCACGACUUCUACACGCAGGCCGGGUUCGAGUAUGUGGGGCUGAGCAUGGUCGUGCACGGAGCGCGCGCGUGGUCCGAGAUGCGGAAAGAGCUCCGCGGUGCGUACCAGGCACCCGCGCCAGCAGCAACAUCCGAGGCGGCGCAGGAGGUCCCCGCGGGACUAUGGGAGGCGUUGCAGCGGUCGUCGACGCGUACACGACCGGCCGCACGCCUACUCACGUCCUUCCCGAACGCGGUGAAAGACGUCGUCUCAAACAUCGACGGAGACAGCGCUGGGGGCGUGCCGGAGAACACGUAUGACCUGUUGUGCCCCCGCUCCGGGUGCGGCAGCGUGAUCCUCAAGAGCGGCGUCGCGAGCUGGGUUGAGCGCGAGAGCGUGCAGCUGGACCUUCCGGGGCAAACCCUGCCGGAGUGCCUGGGUGUGCUCCCGGUCCCGCCGGCGACUGCGCAGUGGUGGCUCGUGAAGCCCAACCCCAUGGCGUUCGAAAAUAUUGGGUUCUCGCGCGCUGUGCAGACGACGGGUCCUGGCGGCGGCAGGCUGAAGUUCCUGGCGUGCGCCGAAUGUGACCUGGGACCCCUGGGAUGGUGUGAGGAAGGCGGAUCCGAGUUUUGGCUUGCUUGCAAUCGUGUCGGAUACCUGGCUUGAAAUGGAUGUUGUUCAAAC